AUGCAGCCGCUUCGUCGCGCCGAUGGUCCUCGUCGCCCCCUCUUCUUGCACCCGGAUAAUUACUGCCAGAAAGUCCUUGAUGCGAAAAUCGAGACUUUCGAGGCCAAAAAUUACUUUACUGCAAUGUACAACCUCUGUGAGGUCGACCCGACCAGGCCACGGGCUCGAAAAGGGCUCCUCAAGGGCGAGUUGAUACUCAAGGCCUUGUACGGCAACCCGACGGCUGCGAUCCGCGGCGAUGCCGGCGGGUUUCUCACUCGGAAGCAGCCGGGCCAGAAGUCCGUCGCCGAGAAGACCAACGUGGAUGCCGACAGCUUCACGCUGUACUCCGUCGUCGCUACAGCAGCGCUGGUUCGCUUCUACGUAACAAAAGCCCAACUGGGCUAUGAAGCUGAGGUCUUGACGUCGACUGACUUAUACUACCUCAGAGAGCUUUUUGGGAACGGCCACGAAAAGUGUGCAGUCCGUCCCCCGACCACUGCAGGCGAUCAGAUGCUUGAAGAGAGCGACAACGAAGCGGAGACCUGCGACAUCGAUGAGCCUUUCAGCGACGCGUCGGGCGGCAAGGAUUGA